UAAACUUUCAUCAUCUCUAGUCUCACUACCUAUAAAUAGGACAUGAUCUUGAUGACUUAAUUUCAUCCUCAAUUAUAGAAAUAGAAGCUCUCGUUGCAUUCUGGAAACGUUUCUGACCUUAACUUCCGAAAAUGACGAUAGUAGAGAUGUGUGUGCACAUGGAUUGUGCAGGUUGCGAAAACAAGAUAAGGAAGGCUCUUACAAAAUUACGUGGAGUUGAUAGUGUUGAGAUAGACAUGGGGAUGCAAAAAGUGACUGUGAUGGGUUGGGCUGAGCAAAAGAAGGUUCUAAGAACAGUAAGGAAAACUGGCAGGAGAGCAGAGCUGUGGCCAUAUCCUUACGAGCCAGAAUACCAUGCCUUCACACGCAAUUACUCCUACAAGCCUUCCUCUUCUCACAAGCAUGGAUACAGCAAUGGUGAAGAUUUUGGGUAUUACAGGAAGCCAAUUGGUGCUACAUUGAUCAAAGAGAAAGCCAUGGCCAUGUUCAGCGAUGACAACCCUCAUGCUUGUUUUAUAAUGUGAAUUGAUAAUUAAGUAUGUAUCAAUUGAUAAUGUGUGUUUGUAUUUCAAUUAACACACAUUUCAAUAUAAUUUGAAUAUGCUUUUCGCCUAAAACGUGUCCUUUUUUACUUCCAUGUAUCAAUGUGGACUAAUACAUAUACCACAA